GUGACGCUCCUACUAAUAUUACGUGUCAUACACAACACACAGCCUUUGAAGCUCAAACGCGACCGAGUCGAAUCACAUCUCUGCUCACUCCCCACUCGCUCAAUUUUCUUGCAUAUCAAUUAGGAACGGCGUCGUUUCUCAGCCGAUCCGAACCAGUCUUCGCUUCAGUGAACCUGAAAGUCAGUAGCUUAAUAGUUAGUACUUUUGGCAAAAGUUUUUUGAACUCAGGCAGUCAUGAGUUUUGUUUUCCGGGGGACAAGAGGCGAUAUUGAGAGUGGAUUUCCGGAAUUCAUACCAGAGCGGCGUGCAAUGCGUGUUCAUACAGCACGCUCUGUCAAUUCCAACUCGCUUGCUUUUCUCGUCACAGUUCUUUUGCUAUUUAUGAUACUGAACUCGCAUCAAAUGUCUCCUAAUUUCCUGCUGUGGCUAGUCCUUGGGGUCUUUUUGAUGGCUACAACAUUAAGGAUGUAUGCCACCUGUCAGCAGCUUCAAGCGCAAGCACAGGCUCAUGCCGCAGCAGCCAGUGGCCUUCUUGGUCAUACUGAAUUGCGGUUGCAUAUGCCACCAUCCAUAGCACUAGCAACAAGAGGGCGCCUUCAAGGUCUCAGGCUUCAGCUUGCACUUCUUGACCGUGAAUUUGAUGAUCUAGAUUAUGAGACUUUGAGAGCUCUGGACUCUGACAAUGUUCCAUCAGCUUCUUCUAUGAGCGAGGAAGAGAUAAAUGCUCUUCCUGUCCACAAAUACAAAGUUGUGGGUCCUCAAAAUGGUGCCUCAUCGACACAACAGGCUUCAGCCUCAGUACCUGCUGAGAAGAAGCAAGAAACAGCUGAUGGUGGGAGCACCAAAGCCAUUGAAGAUGAACUGACCUGUAGUGUCUGCUUGGAGCAAGUUAACGCGGGGGAACUCAUCCGCAGCCUUCCCUGCUUGCAUCAGUUUCAUGCUAGUUGCAUUGACCCUUGGCUAAAGCAACAGGGCACUUGCCCAGUGUGUAAAUAUAGAGCAGGAUCUGGGUGGCAGGAAAACGGACAAGGUGCAGCAAUGGAUGCUUCUUACAUGGUUUGAUUGUGACAAUGUAACUAGUAGAUUACCUUACUGCUUGAUUAGGUGUAAGAACGAAGUCGAAAGGUUGUUGCCCAGGUUGGUGUAAUUGAUAUAGGUAUAUUGUGGUCGCACAGUAUUAUGUCAUCAACAUAACAAGCUUGUAUAUUUGAAUUCUUGAAAUUCAGAUUUUAUAGCAUAAUCUGAUCGAUCUUAAAGUUA